AUGACGCAUCCGACAGGUUUCGAGAAGUUAGCGGCCUGGACAGCCAGCAUUCCGGACUAUGAAGGAUUUGUCUUUCGUCGAUUUGACCGCUUGAGCGCACGUAAUCUUCAACAUCUAGAAAGCGAAUUAACAUUCCUUGAGACAAAGUUGGACGGCCUAGACCAGGAAGCCGCGGCAUCGAGCGACGUCAACUCGUUACGAACGCGCUACAACUGGGAAACGUUCGAGGAGUUAUCAAAAGUUCAGAACAGUCUCACUGCAGAACGCAUGGAGGCUUCUAAGAAUAUCAGCCGUAAGCUCAAAAACUAUUAUGAGAUGCUUGUCCUGCAGUCAAAAAUUGCAGCAAUGGAGCAGCCCGACAAACUACAGCUUGCAGUCGUCCGGAAACAUUUCAAUCAUGGGAUUCAUCCCACUGAGUUUCUUCCAAAUGGACGUCGAAAUUUGGAAGGGCAGGACUAUUUUCGGCUUGACAAGGAUAGGGAACUUGUGGCUCUCAAUCCAACCUCUGAUAAAGAUCUUCUCUCACGAUUUCUACGUCGCCACCCUGGUAUGCUCAAGGUAAGACUGACUCUCUACCAAGCUCCGUAUAGGAGCUGGCGCUAUGUCAAGCUCGCUAAUCGCACACAGUCUGAGACACUCUCUACUGGGGAGGAAUAUUUUGACGAGAAGUAUAUAAGCUUUGCUGUUUCUAUCGUCAGCAUUGCUUUAGCGGCGAUCCUUCUUCUCGGUGCUAUUAUUUCACUACGCCUCGUUCAAGACGAAAAGGCUCGCAUCGGAAUGAUCGUAGGCUUUACAGUACUCUUUACCGCGAGCGUCAGUUUUCUUACCAACGCAAAAAGGGCAGACAUCUUUGCGUCUGGUGCCGCAUAUACUGCGGUGCUAGUUGUGUUUGUAUCAGGGGACUUGGGAGGGUCGAGUGAGUGCUAG